GUCAUGUCAUGGCUGUGCUUCACGCCGCCCGACAAUAGUGAUCGUCGUAGGAUGCUGCGAUAGACAAUUGCCUAGCUCUGGUAGAAGAUAAAAAGGAGAUGGUAUCCUCCUGCCUACGCUAUGUGACUGGAAAUACCAAUCUUCAAUUCCAAGAUUGAUCAAUAAAACGACCAAGGAGCAUCUGUUGUCACCUACCCUACACUCACUACAUCACCAACACCAAACCACAGCCUACGCGCGACCAGAGACACCGCUAUCAUGGGUCUUUUCGAGAAAUUGAGCACCAAGUAUCCGGACGAGAAGAGCGAGAGCCAUCUCGCUCCCGACGGCCAGAGCCCUCCUCCCUACUCCUCCGCCUCUUCCGCCGACUUCUCUACCCCGUCAUCACACUCUUCUGCCCCCGGCACAACCCUCAAGCUCCCGCAAAGCUUCUGGCUUGACUACCGCUGGCACUCGUCCACCUCAUUCAUCGGCGCAGAAAAGGGCGCGCGUGACUUUGCCGUCACUGUGCCCAGCCGCAUGAACUGCUUUGCCCACAGGGCCAUCACCCUUCGCGAUGGCAGCGCCAAGGACUCGCCUGCGCUCGUGAGUGUCAAGGGCCAGAAGGGCAGCAUGGGCCGCCGCUCGGUCAUCAGUCUUCCCUCCACGGGGGAGAAGGACCCCGGCCAGGACAUUGUUGGCGCGUUCGGACCCGGCGGCAGCUCCAAGGGGUUCGACGUGACGCUCGAGAACGGCACGGUCGAGCACUUUGAGUGGCGCAGGUCGAUGGGCGACGAGGUCAAGAACCUCGAGAGCGGCUUCCAGGGCUGGAAGCUUGUGCGCAUGGACUCGCCCUACACGCUGUCCGGCGGACAGGAGGAGUUUCCCCAGGGCUACACCUCGGACGGCCGCGAGAUUGUGGCCGUCGCCGCGUACCCUAAGAUGUUCCGCAACUCGCCCCGGUUCGAGUUCCUCGGAAGCGGCGCCCGGGGCGAGAUGGGCGUGCGCUUUGAGCUGGUCGCGGCCAUAAGCUUUGUGCGCAUGUACGAGAUUGCCAUGCAGCAGGCGAAUGGGGCGGCCGCGAGCGCGUCCGCGAGUGCGUCGGCCAGCGCGUCGGCGGCAGCGGUUACGGCGUAGGGGCCCAAGGGGGCGAGUGUGUACAUUGCGGCUUGGAGUUGGGGUUUCAUGUCUAGCAAGGCUUCAGUAGCGAUACCAUAUAUUUUCAUAGAGUUAUAGUCAACUUUGCACAGCCUGGCCUGUCGCUAGAUUGCGGUAGUGUUCUUCUUUGAUGCUUGUGGUGAAGCUCACUUACACGCAUGUCGAGGUGGGUCGACUAUUGGGCUACCCUUGGUUGACCCCCCCGGAAAACGAAGAACCCCGGGCAUGGUUAGGCUGCAAAGGGGAUGAUAUAAUACUGUCCAGAAUUAUAUUGCUCAGUGUCAUCAUGUGAUGGACCAGUCAUCCAAGGCCUCAAAA